AAAUCUCCUCUAUGUUUACCCUCAGAGGCUGAAUUUUGCUAAUCGAUUGGCUUCUGCAAGAAACAUUACCAUCAAGAUCCAGUUUAUGUGUGGUGAAGACCCAUCCUGUGCAAUGCCGGUAAUUUUUGGGAAAUCUUCAGGUCCAGAAUUUGUGCAAGAAAUCUACACAGCUAUCACAUAUCAUAAUAAGUCCCCUGACUUUUAUGAAGAAGUGAAAAUUAAGCUGCCAGCAAAACUCACAGAGAAACACCAUCUAUUGUUCACGUUCUAUCACAUCAGCUGCCAGCCAAAGCAAGGAGCAUCUGUGGAAACCCUUCUCGGGUAUUCAUGGCUGCCAAUUCUAUUAAAUGACCGUCUUCAAACUGGACAUUAUUGUCUCCCUGUUGCAUUGGAUAAGCUGCCUUUCCACUAUUCAAUUCACUCUCCUGAGAAAGUUCCAUCUCAGACACCACCUAUUAAAUGGGUUGAAGGACACAAGGGUGUUUUCAAUGUUGAAGUGCAAGCUGUUUCAUCUGUUCACACUCAGGACAAUCACCUGGAGAAGUUCUUCACUCUGUGCCAUUCUCUGGAAAGUCAGGUGACAUUCCCCAUUCGACUGAUGGACCAGAAGAUUACAGAGGCUACACUGGAACAUGAAUUGAAACUCAGCAUUAUCUGUUUGAAUUCUUCACGUCUUGAACCUCUUGUCUUGUUUUUACAUUUGGUACUAGAUAAACUUUUCCAGCUGGCUGUACAGCCCAUGGUCAUAGCUGGCCAGACAGCCAACUUCUCACAGUUUGCGUUUGAAUCUGUGGUUGCAAUAGUGAACAGUCUCCACAACAGCAAAGACCUGAGCAAAGACCAGCAUGGGAGGAACUGCCUCCUGGCAUCUUAUGUCUACUAUGUAUUUCGUCUGCCAGAUCCUCAAAAAGAAGUAGUCAAACCAGGUGCAGGCAGUAGUGCCAUUUUGACAGAGUCUCGUUACUACACAUUUGGACGCACUUCCGCAGUGUCUGUUGGGAGCAAACUUCUGCAGAGCCGAGUGAUAAGCUGCAGCAAUCCUGACAUUGCUGUUACACAAACGACUGCUGAUGAGGAGGUGAAAAACAUCAUGUCAUCCAAGCCUAUGGAUCACAGCUCCAGUCGGAUGUCUUUCUAUGUCGAAGGAACAAAUGACAUGCCAAGUGUUUGUGCAAGCCCAAGACCAACCAAUAAAAAGCAUUUCCAUGAGGAGCUGGCACUGCAGAUGGUGGUCAGCACAGGUAUGGUGAGAGAAUCUGUCUUCAAGUAUGCCUGGUUCUUCUUUGAGCUCCUGAUAAAGAGUAUGGCUCAAUAUGUUCAUAACAUAGAGAAGCAAGACAAUCCACGAAGAAGCCGGUUCUCCGAUCGCUUCAAAGAUGAUAUUACCACUAUAGUUAGUGUGGUUACUUCAGAGAUUGCUGCACUUUUAGUCAAACCACAGAAGGAAAGUGAGCAAGCAGAAAAAAUUAAUAUCAGCCUGGCAUUUUUCUUGUAUGAUCUUCUUUCUUUAAUGGACCGAGGAUUUGUGUUUAAUCUCAUCAAACAUUACUGUAAUCAGCUCUCAAACAAGCUGAAUUCACUCUCCACCCUGAUUUCCAUGAGACUGGAGUUCCUGAGAAUUCUCUGCAGCCAUGAGCAUUACCUCAAUCUGAACCUCUUCUUCAUGACCUCUGCGUCUGCUCCAGCAUCCCCCUCCCCCUCCUUAUCCUCCCAGAACUCUAGCUCCUGCUCUAGUUUCCAGGACCAGAAAAUCGCUGGUAUGUUUGACCUCUCAGCCGAAUACCGUCAGCAGCACUUUCUAAGCGGCUUACUUUUCACUGAAUUGGCAGCAGCACUGGACACAGACAGCGAGGGGAUGAGCAGAGUGCAAAGGAAAGCUGUGAGUGCUAUCCUUAGCCUGCUGAGUUCCCAUGACCUAGACCCACGCUGCUCCAAAAAAGAGGUGAAGAUUAAAAUUGCAGCUCUCUACCUCCCUUUGGUUGGUAUCAUUUUGGAUUCACUGGCACAACUCCAUGAUUUUACAAUUUCAGAUGCCCGCAGUGGAAAGGGACGCACAGGAAACCCAGAAGAAGAACAAGAGUCUACAGGUGCAAUCAGUCAAAACGUGGCCCUUGCCAUUGCAGGGAAUCAGUUCAACCUCAGGAGCUCUGGAAUAUCUCUGGUGUCUCUGCCUUACAGACAGAGUGCCACAUUAGGUCCUGAUACUACUCGCAACCUUUUGAUCUGUUUCCUCUGGAUCAUGAAAAAUGCUGAUCAGAAUCUAAUACAGAAAUGGAUUGCAGACCUCCCAUCCAUGCAGCUGAAUAGGAUUUUAGACCUCCUUUUCAUUUGUGUCUCUUGCUUUGAGUACAAGGGCAAACAAAGCUCGGAUAAAGUUAGCACCCAAGCACUCCAAAAGUCACGAGAUGUAAAGGCCCGAUUAGAAGAGGCUUUGCUGAGAGGUGAAGGAGCCAGAGGAGAAAUGAUGAAGCGCUGCAGGAUACCAGCUGGGAACGACAGAUCAGUGGGGAUAAAUGAAAACCUGCGCUGGAGAAAGGAGCAGACUCACUGGCGGCAAGCAAAUGAGAGACAAGAUAAGACAAAAGCUGAGCUAGAUCAAGAAGCUCUGAUCAGUGGAAACCUGGCAACUGAAGCUAACUUGAUCAUUCUCGAUAUGCAAGAGAACAUCAUCCAGGCAAGCUUUGCAGCAGAGUGCAGAGACAAUCUUUUGGGAGGAGUUUUGAAGGUCCUGGUAAAUUCUCUUGGCUGUGAUCAGAGCACCACUUACCUGACUCAUUGCUUUGCUACACUCAGAGCGCUCAUUGCUAAG